AUGGAAGGACUGGACAAGGCAGCCGCGAUCCCGCGGCUCGCUGAACUCCUACGCCAUCCGGAAGAUCUCGACAAACUUCCCGCCUUGAAGCUCGAAUACCAACGCAAGAAAGUAGCAGUAGACGCCCAGCUUCGCGAAGGUCUACGCGAACAACUCGAGAAUGUCCAACGAAGUCUCGCCGUAUUGACGGAAGGGCAGCGCCAGGUCUCCAAAACCCGCGAUGAGCUUCAGGGUAUCGAUAAACUAUGUGCCGAGUCGCAGGAGACGGUGGAGGAUUUCUCGCAGAUCGAUAAACUGGCAAGGGUGCAACGCAACUUUGAGGCUGUGGUUAUGAUGAAAAAGGGAUUGGAGAAUUUCGAUGCGGAUCUGGCAAAGGCUGAAGCUCUACUUCGCGACGACGACGAUGAUUUGGAAAACCAGCCUAAUUUAUUGAAGGCGCAUAUCUUGAUUUCGCAGCUACGGGAUUUUCGGGAUGAAGCGCUCGAUCAGAUUCGGAGAGCGAAUGAUUCAAGUAGUGAGACUACACUGUUGGAUUAUUUUCAGGGAUUGGAUUCGAUAGUUGAGUGGUUUGAUGAUCAUGUCGGUACUGCCUGCAUGAAUCUGAUCCCGCUGCUACAAUCCGACAAUAAUGGCAUGGUGGUGAGGCUGGCUAUUGUUAUUGCGAAAGAAGAGAAAAAUGACGAGCAUGUCCGUGCUUUACAAGAGGCUCAAAGAGAUCAUGAGGAGCUGGCGAACAGAUUCAAGUCGAUGAACAUCGGACCGAAGACGGUCAGGGGCUAUAAGGAGAAGUUUUUACAGGCUAUUGAGUUUUAUGCUCAGAGUCAGUUUGAUGCUAGCAAAGAAGACUUUUUGGGAGAUCCAGAUAGUCUUGAGAAAAGCCUGAAAUGGUUCUUUAAUGAUCUUUUCACGGUUCAACAAGGCAUGCAACAGCUGAUGCCCAAAAAAUGGAAGAUAUAUGCUACUUAUACAAAGACGUACCACCGGAUGAUGCAUGAUUUCCUGAUCAGUCUGGUUGAAGAUCCCGAAUUACCACCCGACAACCUACUAUCAAUCCUUCACUGGACGCCGAAAUAUUACAAAAAGAUGUCCAAGCUGGGCUGGAAACCAACUGACCUCACACCGAACGUUUUAGAUGACCGAGAACCAGAGCUCGUUCGCCAGUGGCAGAGCGUCAUUCUCAAUGCCGUGGAUGAAUGGAUGGAUCGUAUCUUUGCCGCGGAUAAGAAAGCGCUUCUGGAACGUUCGCCGGAUGCCCUUGAAACAAACGCGGAUGGCUUUUUCCGAACGAAGAUGUUGGGAGAUAUGUGGCGAAUGCUCAAUGAACAGAUUGGCGCUGCAUCCGCGUCUGAUCGUGCCGAUGUCAUAGAAGGCAUUGUUGACUCGAUGUUCCGAGCUCUCAAGGCUCGACAGACUGCUUGGCAGACCGUUCUAGAUGAAGAAUGUGCUAAAUAUAAUAAUACAAACCUCGACCAGGCUGAAGGAUUGCAGCCUCUGCAAGAUUGGCUGGUCGCCGUGGCCAAUGACCAGAUUGCAUGUAUUGAUGACAAUGAAGAAACUGGUCAAGUGGGUUAUUUGACUCGAUUCAAACGGGAUAUCGAGUCCCUCGUCACACCGAACUAUAUGGACGACAGAGCUUCAGUCGAACUGGACGCUCUUCGAAAUGGUUACGUCGAUCUUAGUACUCACUGUUUGAGCCAGUUCGUCAACCUCAUCUUUGUCGUUGACUUCCGUACCACACUACCCGACUUCUUCACGUCUAAAUGGUACGGUGAAUUCGCCAUCAAGCGCAUGAUCUCCACCUUUGAGGACUACAUGUCAGACUACGGUUCAGUGUUACAUCCAUCACUCAGCGAAAUCUUCGUCGAGGAGCUAUCAGAUGAGCUUCUCGUGCGCUAUCUAUCAGCCAUCCGCAACCGCGGCGUCAAAUUCCGGCGCCAGGAUCCCUUCACCGAGAAAUUUAAAGACGACGUUCUCACCGUAUUUGCAUUCUUCCAGAAAUUCCCCGACUCUUUCCAAACCACAAUCAAGAAUAAAUGGCGCCUUGUCGACUGGCUUGUGCGAUUACUCGAAGCCGAAAAGGGCGCUGGUAUCGUCAACGUCUAUGAAGCGCUCAAGACCGAAUACUGGGAUCUACAAAUGUCGUGGGUAGAGACCGUGCUGCGCUCUCGUGACGACUUUGAGCGGUCGAUGAUCAGUUCGAUCAAAGCUAAAGCUGCUGAAUUAAACGUUGAAAGGGGUUUAGAGACGAUUAUGAGUAAGGUUAAAUGA